AUGGGAAACAUCAUCGUCUGCGGGAAAGCUGAGACGGCGCGGGCGUUUAGGGUCGAUCAGGGUGUGGGCCCUCACGAGUCAACCAUCGCGACGAAAAGGUGGAUGUGCAUACCGCCCGUCUCCCACCAGGCUCCUGCAAGAGCCGCACAGCCCUGUCCGGUCCAGUCAAAAAUGAGGCAUUGCUCUGGAGAACACACACCCUGGUACAAGCCUCUUCAAGGGGCCGCUUUUUGCUCGCCAACCAACAGUCAAAGGGACCUCACCGGCACUCUCGUACUUCUCGGAUGUCUUCGCUGGCUGCGAACUUCCCUUCUCGCUUCGAAGCCCAUCCCGUUGUGUCGGCCAAUCCUCGUCGUUUUCUUGUACCCCCGCGAGGCGCACAACCCCGGUCUCUGGGUCCCUCCCGGCCCCGGAUCCAAAGCAAGUUCAACCGUGAGGGGCGGACUCCAUGUGUGCAUGGUUGUGAUUUAUGCCCAUGGUAUUAUUUAUUCACAGUGCAAAGCACGCAGCGCUGUCAUCUAUGCGGCUGCACUUGGAGUAAAUCGAAUCAUCAAGAUCUGCACCGGCCAAGGGCGCAAAGCUGAGUGA